GGGAAGUCCCUGCUUGUGGGCCUUGCGCUGAGACUGGGCUGGCUGUGCGUACAGGGAAGGAUGAAGCGUCUGCCAACAAGCUGGUCAUGCAGAUCCUAUAGCAAGGAGUGAAUCCACAAGUCAUGGAAGGGCUGGUGGUCCCGGCUGAUGCAACAGUAAAAUGCUUCAUCCCAGACAUCGAGCCCCGGGCUAACCAAGAGGAGGAAGAGGAGGAGGGAUGGCAGCAGCGCUUGGCUCCUCUGAUGGGAAGGAAGCCAAUGGGGUCUUUGGAAAGGAAAGACCAGGAUUGGAGGAGGAAUAUUCUUGAUGGACUUCAGGGACCAACUAGACCCAUCAAGGCUCCCAAGCUUCCAGGAGAAAAAGAGAAUGAAGAAACCUUUGUGUCAGGAAAGAUGGAUACUCGGCUCUCUGAUGGCUGCAGGGGCACUGUGGGGACAUCUCUUGGCCAGAUGGGGACUUUUCCAACAGACAUUUCCUUGAAGCUCAUCAUGGUACAACCAGAGAGUGGCCUUCCUGACCCUGGUCUACAAGAGGAGUUGAGGCGAAGACUCCGUCUCUUGGAAAAUGACAGCAGAGAGGUUUCAGCUGUGUUCAGCGAGCUAUCAGCCAGGCUGCUGUCCAUUCACAGUGACCAGGACCUUAUCGUGGUGACAUUUAAAACUUUUGAAGAAAUAUGGAAGUUUUCUACAUAUUACUGUCUAGGUUUCAUAAACCACUGCAUGGAAAACUUGUUGAUGGAUCAAGACUUCUGGCUUCUCUCCAGCUACAAGAGCAGGGGGGAUAGUGAAGACUUCGAUGCUGGGAUUGACGUCUUUAUUGAUGAAGAGGCUUUACAGUUAAUGCACAAAAGCAUCUUAAUCCAGGAAGGGUCAUUCUUUGUAUUGUGUCCUGACAACCAAAUAAGAGAGAUCCUGGCUCCAAGAGGUGAAAGGAAGACUGGCCAGCCCUGUCGGAUGGCAUCGCCAAGAUGUCUGAGGGCACUGACGCAGACUACCCAGACACUGUCUGAGAGCCUCCCCAUGUCAGCCGAAGGGGCCUCUGAGGAACUCUUGAUUCCAUUUCAUCAGUGGUCUCUUAAGGUACAGUCUGAUCCUGUAGAUGUCUUUGUUGGUGAAUCCAAGAUCUGCAAUCAAAUAGUUAUAGGCACCUGCUUUGCCAUAAUGGAUCACUAUAGCCAAGUAUCAGAGGAAAUGAGUUUCCAGGAGGGGGAUCAGAUCGAGAUCCUAGGUGUCCUUGUUCCCUGCCUGGGGUGGUUUCUGGGGAGGCAUUCGGAGACUGGCCAGGUCGGCUUUGUGAAGACCAGUCACAUUCAAACGCAUACCCAAGCUUCCAGGUUAGCAAAUGUGAUCUUUCUGGAUGAGGAGGAAAAGUCAUUUUUCAUCAACAAAAAGAAUUUUUCAGAGGAUGACGUGAUCCGGUUAUUAAGGAAAACAGCCACUUCUACUGUGUGCACAGCAUAUAGUAUGGACACAUUAGAAGAAAUGGAAUUUCAGAAAUCCCAAGAACAAGAAGUGCCUCAGCCUCCACUUGGUUCUGACCCAAGUCCAAUGACUGACAAGGUGAGAGUCAUCUUAGAGAGAUGCAAGACCCUCCAUCUCUGCCCUCAAGCACCAGAGAGCCAGGGAGGGGAUGAUGAUCAGCCACCUGCUCCAGAUAGCCUGCCCAUGCCUGAGGAACCCCAUUUUGGCCUUGAGAUGGAAGAAAAUGAUAACAACCCAGAAAGAUUUCUCCUCUUGCUACUGUUCCUAAAUGAGGAUGAAUACAAGCCAUGCUACAGGAGCCUGUAUGACUCCUCUUUUCCAUGUCUGAACACCAUGUUUAAUGGGUAUACCGAAGAGGAAGAACUUGUCUGUUACUUUGGGCAGGCAAGGGCAGCCGCCAAGAAGGCCAACCUUCCCAUGGCCUUGACAAGACUGUGUUUUCUCCUCGGGAGGCUAUGUGUCAAAAAACUCAAGCUCUCCCAGGCUCGGGUUUAUUUUGAAGAAGCCGUGGGAGCCUUGAGGGGCAGCUUCAGUGACCUUUUCCUUGUGGUUGCUAUUUACACCAAUCUCACUGCCAUUUAUUUGAAACAGAAAAACAGAGAGAAAUGCACACAUGUGUUUGGCAAGGUAGCAGCUCUGCUCCUGGGAAUUCCCAGCUAUAUCUGCAGCACAGAGACGGAAGCUGAGCUCCUCAAGUUUGUUUUGAAGAUGGUCAUCUUGAGCCAGCAAAGCCAGCAGGCUGAAGCCAGGAUCUGUUUCCUGCUGGCCAAGCAUUAUAUUAACCUCAAGCAGUCAGAAGAAGCCUUGCCCUUCCUGGAGAGGCUGCUGCUUUUGAAUGGUGAACUGGGUUUAUGGGACUGCUCAUGGUCCACAGAUUGUUACCUCCAUCUUGGGGAAAUCUACAGCAGAAAAUGUCUGCCUCACCUUACGCUGAGCUGUAUUAAAGUCGCCUCUUUCCAGAGCUCACGGACCUUCAUGAGUUCCUUGGAGAGCGUUGACUUGGUUGUUCAGAAUACCCCCAAGCUUUAUGGCCUGAGGAAGGUGGACCAUGUACUUCCAUCCCAAAUUGCACACUACCUCAAGCAAGCGCUGUCCUCUGCCGUGACUUCCCAGGAGCGAAAGCUCUGCGCUUCCAUUUAUCGUAGUCUUUCAGAACUCUAUAGCUACCACAGGAGAUAUGAAGAGGCCAUCGAGUAUGGGUGGAAAGCAGUGGAAGCAGAUGACUCAGCCGGUGUUGCCCAGGUCAUUAACAACUUAGUUUCUUUUGCUUGGCUACACAUUCUUCACAGGCAAAAUCCAGUAGCAUUGGGGAUCUUAGAGUCCAUUGUAGAGUCCUCCCAAAGUAGCCCUCAGCAAUUAGGGAUUAUUUAUAACAUGGCUGCCAUUGCCCUGAAAAGGAUGAACAGUACAAAGAGGGCAGCUGAGACUUACUACAAAGCACUCUAUGUUUCCAAAGAGCUUGGUGCGGACCAGAACCAGGCGGUUGUCCUGGCGAACUUUGGGGCUCUCUGCCUCCACUUGAAUGCCAGUGGUCUGGCUGAACACUAUUUCAUUGAAGCAGUAAAACUCUUCUCCCAACUUCCAAGUACUGCGUGUGGCCGAGAGUUUGUCCAAGUUCUCCUCUGGCUGGGGCAGCAUUAUACCAACAGAGCUCAAGAGGAGAAAGGAAAGUGCUAUUACGAAUGGGCCUUCCUGGUGGCCAUGGAAAUGAGUCAUUUUGAAAGCCAGCUCCAAGCAAUCCAGUUGCUGUGUCAUUUCUACAGCACCGUCAUGCCAAAUGAGGCCCAGUGUGUCAUCUACAAUGAAUAUCAACUCUCCUUGGCCAGGAGGUUGUCAGACAAAGUUCUAGAAGGGCAGCUAUUGGAAACCAUCAGUCAACUGUAUCUUUCUUUAGGUACAGAAAGAGCUUACAAGUCAGCCCUUGAAUAUACUAAGAGAAGUCUCGGAAUAUUUAUAGACCUCCAGAAGAAAGAAAAAGAGGCGUAUGCCUGGCUCCAGGCAGGAAAGAUCUAUUACAUUCUGAGACAGACUGAACUAGUAGAUCUGUACAUUCAGGUGGCUCAAGAUGCUGCACUCUACACUGGAGAUCCCAGCCUGGGGUUGGAGAUGUUUGAAGCUGCUGGAGACAUAUUCUUCAAUGGUUCUUGGGAGAGAGAAAAGGCAGUGUCUUUCUACAGGGACCGUGCCCUUCCUCUUGCUAUCAGGACUGGUAACAAGGAGACCGAACUCCGACUAUGCAACAAGUUGGUGGAAUUGCUGUACUUUCUCAAGUCCCACCAGGAGUGUCUAGAAUUUGCACACACUUCCCUUGCCCUCAGUAUAAACUUAGGAAGCCGGUUAAAUGAACGUGUGGCCUACCAUCGGCUGGCCAUGGUCCACCACCGCCUGGGGCAGUGUGAGUUGGCGGAACACUUUUACCUCAAGGCACUGUCUCUGUGCUCGUCACCCCUGGAAUUCGAUGAGGAGACUCUGUAUUAUGUGAAGGUGUAUCUGAUCCUGGGGGACCUCAUAUUCUACGAUCUUAAGUCUGAGAGUGUUGGACUAGACGGCCCAUCCAUCUCUGACUUUCCAUGAUGCUGGAAUCCCUGUAUCAUUUACCUCUCCGCAUUGACUUUCUCAAUGACUACCCUGCCUGAGGACACAGCGACACCUAGUGACUAGAAUCCAUCACUGCAGACUCUUCUGAAUUUGAUUGGAAAAGGGGUUUUGAUAUUUAUUCAGUCUUAGGAGCAUAGAAUGGAAAAGUUAGAAGAAAACGUAGACCUCUAGACAAAUCUCCUUUGCUCUACAGAUGAAGUGACUUGCUGUGAAGAGCUUUGCACACCUUGAAGCACUAUAUAAAUUUGAGUUCUGCCAUUUUGAUGUUAUUUGUUAGUAUUGCCUGAGACCAUACAGUGACUUCCUUAUUCCUUCAAUAAACUUUUACUGAGGGUCCACUACAUGCUUGGAGCCAUGUUGUUGUUAUUGCUUGGAGCUACGACAUGGGAGAGAGGAAGCACAAAGACAAAAUGUCACCUCUAUCCUUGAGUUAGGAAGUAAUUCAAUGACAGUCUCCCAACAACUUUCAUUUAGCACCGCUUGUUGGGAGGAAUGCAAGACUAGCCCUGAACUUAAGGAUCCUGUGAUCAAUUUAUGGUCCACAUACAACCCCAAACAGUAAAUAACUCUAAAAGGGCCAGAUGGUCAGCCCAUGGCCAAGUCAUAAAAUGAGCCAAGGAUCUUAGAUUUCAAUUUAGAAAGAACUUCAUGGGUCACCUAGUCCAGUCCCUUCAUUUCAUCGAUGAGGAAACUGAGGUCCAGAAAGGUGAAGUCUUGCCCAAAGUCAUCCUGGUAUAAGAGACUGCAUCUAGGUCCUUCCCAGAUUUCAUCAGGGCCUUCUACUAUACCAUGAUGCUACUUGAGUUUGUGGUAUUUGGCCUUUACAUAAUUCAACAAGGAAUUGUGCUAGGUGCUGGGGGAGGUGGGGUGCAAUAAACAAAGCAAUCCCUGACAUCAAGGAGCUUAUAUUACAUUACAUUACAUUAUUAUCCCUUUAUCAUCCCUACCUCAGUAUACACACAGACACACACACACACACACACAGCCAGUGUCUAUACCUUGACACUUUGAUUAUGCUGUAUAUAUUAUAGACUUUUCUUUCCCCUGUCAAACCUCACAUAAAUAAAUGAAUGAAUUAUUGAAUGAAUCCACCUCCCCACCCCCCAUCCCAGCAUGGAUUAAUGAGUAUAAAGAGACUCUCAGCGAGAUGGGGCAUAGAAUCAGGAGAGCCAAAUUUCAGUCCUUUUGU